AUGCCGGUGGAAAAUAACAAGUGUGCGGAACAUGCAAGAGUGACGGGGAGUGAUCCCGGUUACCGGGUUCCCAUGAGACGAUGGCAUGGCAAUGGGGAACAUGCAAGAAAAACGUUGGGCAUGGUGCAAACGCGAGCAUUUCAUACAACACAUCACAUGCAUUCGUUCAUGGACGGUCAUCUCGAGGUUACACCUUCGAGGACGUCGUACAUGGAGGUUGAGGCCGCGAUGUCGGCCGACGAACUGAAGGAGGCGACACCUCGGCUCCUGCAGCAAAACGACGGCGAGGCAGAGAAGGGGACGGCAGGCAGCGGAGGUGGAUCUAAGGUCGCGAUGCAGCGACGGUCAUCUGAAGCAGGGACGUGGGGCCCUGCCGGCGGGACCCGGCCGGGAACAGGCAGGGCGGCGGAGGAGCUUGGGCGCCGGACAGGAGGCCGGGCCACGAGGCCAUGA